ACCAACGAGUCAGUCACAAGUCGGACAUCGCUAGUUCAGACGCCGCAGUCAGUUUCCAAUACCGAUUUCAUCUCCCUUUUCUAACCCAAAUAACACGUCCGCAUACGACCGAUUUAAGAGAUUUUUUAACUAACUAAUAGAUUUUACGCUCUCUUAACCCGUCUGCAUAACUGCCUGCUUAUAUUAGCGGCCUGAAUGAGACGUUGCUAAAUGCUAUGCGGCUAAUUUAACCUUCUUGUUUGUUUUGAUGUUUUUUUUAGGUCACCAGUUCAUCGCCAGACUUACCAGACGACACUAAAUUAAACAUACAGUCACAAAACCGAGACCGUAUAUUGUUAAACUGUAUAUGUACACUACUUACUAAGCGACCGUAUGUGUAUUUUUGAUAUAGCUAAAUCCGUUUUGGCCUAAAAUGGGUUAGUUAGCUAAGCUCGCUAGCUGUUGCUAACUGCCGUUAACUGAGCAGUCGUUGCUUUGUUCGUCCGUCGCGAAGCAGCAGUGGUGAAAAGGGCGUUUUGUGUCCAGAUCUAGAAAAGCUGGAUGCGGUUGUUUAAACAGCUGCAGUGCUAGUGCUCGUCGUGGUGAACUACCUGGACCUGGUGCACAUCCAGAAGAAAGAAUCCAUGGUGCUCCGCAGGCUGCUGCGCAGACGCUGGGUCCUGGGGGUCGUCCUCGGCUUGUCCCUCCUUUACUUUGUCACCAGCACCCUCAAACAGGAGGAGCGAACCGGACGGGACCGGACGCUCCUUCAGACGAGCGAAUCUGACCACCACAUACCAUGGAGGGUGAAGUUCAACCUGGGCAACAGCAGCAGACAGAUCACACAGUGUAGAAACUCCAUACAGGGGAAGACCCUCCUCACAGAUGAACUUGGUUAUGUAUGUGAGAGGAAAGAUCUGCUGGUUAACGGCUGCUGUAAUGUGAACGCGCCGAGCUCCAGGCAGUACAUCUGUAAGAGCUGUCUGCCCAACGGCUGCUGCAGUGUGUACGAGUACUGCGUCUCCUGCUGCCUUCAGCCUGACAAGCAACCCCUCCUGGAGCGUUUUUUGAACCGAGCAGCUGAAGGUUUUAAGAAUCUCUUCACAGCAGUAGAGGAUCACUUUGAGCUGUGCCUGGCUAAAUGCCGUACCUCCUCACAGAGUGUCCAGCAUGAAAACACCUACAGAAACCCUCAGGCCAAGUACUGUUAUGGUGAAAGCCCUCCCGAACUCCUGCCAAUCUGAUGGUUUGUGUUCAGAAGGAGUGUAUUUCCAUGUGAAAAGGUGAUGUGCUACCUCCCACUUUCAGUGUUUUUGAAUGGCCGUGUUGGACUAAAAUGAACAAACUGAACGCAACAACACAAAGAAGUGAACUGGCAGCGGGGGGAAAAAGGAUGAAAGGCAUUGUGUACACUUCAUAAGUGCAUAGAACCAUCUUGACCUCAUCAGUGAUGAUCAUCUAGUUGCUUAUAAGGGGUGUGUGUGAAUAUUUUGUUUCGUCUUAUUGUCGGCCACCAUGGUGCUGCAGGUAUUUUCAGGACCACUGCACGCUUUCCAAGAAAUACACCCUCCCAGGUGUUGACUAAACUGGAAAUGCUUCACCGUGUGAGUCUGAUGUCAGGUUAUGUUUGCCCCACCAGAUCUACCACAUAUUUAACAGUUCCCAAGCUCGAACAGAAACAGUGUGUCUAGAAUAGUGCAUAUGGAUGCAAUAAAUGUUGACUCAGUGGUAAACAAUAAAGGUAAAUGCUAAACUUUCAAGGUUUUUUUUGAACUUAUAAUAAGUAUGCUUUUUCUUCUUGGUAUUGUUUUUCCAGUGCAAUUCUUACACUGAUCUGAGAUUUGCGUUAAAUACUUGCAUGUAAACUGCUAUAUGUUAAUUUAAUAAAGUUUUAAUCACUCACUGUA